GGCAGAGCCUGAAAUAACUUCACGUGCUUUGCUGAGGACCUACAGAAGUGCCAAGGGGAGGUGAGGAUGGAGGCAGGGAUGAACGUCCUCCAUGACUUUGGGAUCCAAUCGACCCACUACCUCCAAGUAAAUUAUAAGGAUUCCAAGGACUGGUUCAUCUUGGUCUCAAUGCUUGCAGAUCUCAGGAAUGCCUUCUAUGUCCUCUUUCCCAUUUGGUUCCAUGUUCAAGAGACUGUAGGCAUCAAACUCCUCUGGGUGGCUGUGAUUGGAGACUGGCUUAAUUUGGUUUUUAAGUGGAUUCUUUUUGGACAGCGUCCAUACUGGUGGGUAUUAGACACUGACUACUACAUAAACAUGUCUGUGCCUGUAAUAAAGCAGUUCCCCAUCACCUGUGAGACUGGACCAGGUAGUCCUUCGGGCCAUGCCAUGGGUGCAGCAGGUGUAUACUAUGUAAUUGUUACAUCCAUCCUCUCCCUUACUCGUGGAAAGAAGAAGUCGACUCUCGGAUUCCGGUGCCUGCACGUGCUCCUGUGGUUGGGGUUCUGGGUUGUGCAGCUCAACGUCUGUCUGUCCCGAAUCUAUCUCGCAGCCCAUUUCCCUCAUCAGGUUGUUGCUGGAGUCCUCUCAGGUAUUGCUGUUGCUGAAACUUUCCGACACAUCCAGAGCAUCUACAAUGCCAGUCUCAAGAAGUAUAUUGUGAUCACCUUCUUCCUAUUCAGCUUUGCUAUUGGAUUUUACCUGAUGCUGAAAGGGAUGGGGAUUGACCUCCUAUGGACCCUAGAGAAAGCCAAGAAGUGGUGUGAGCGGCCAGAAUGGGUCCAUAUUGACACCACCCCCUUUGCCAGUCUGCUCAAAAACCUUGGGACCCUCUUUGGCCUGGGCCUGGCCCUCAACUCCAGUAUGUACAAGGAAAGUCGCAAAGGGAAACAGAAAAAGCAGCUCCCCUUCCGCCUGUGUUGUAUUGUGGCCUCACUGGUCAUCUUGCAUCUUUUUGAUGCUUUCAAACCCCCAUCCCAGGUGGAGAUGCUUUUCUACGCUCUAUCUUUUUGCAAGAGUGCGGCCGUGCCUCUGACAUCGGUUAGCCUUAUCCCUUACUGCUUCUCUCGGAUCCUGGGCCAGUCGGAGAAAAAAUUUUUAUAGUGAACCUGGAAACUUGAAUAUUCAGUAUAAAUGAAUUGUGCUACCUGGGGGUAAGUGGCGCUCUGACAGCCUAUGGUGUGGCCAACAGGUCCAGGAGUCGGACCACUGACUCUCAUCUCAUUAGAAUCCUCAGUCCUUUUGUGUGGGGGUUCUUUGAGAGCUAGUGAGGCUUCUGAGCGACCUGCAGCAUCCCAGAGAACUUCUCUGAUUACAAAGAGACUGUUAGCCCUGGACUCUCUCAUGAAGGCAUGUUACUUUUAUUCUGUCUAAUCCACGGUAGCAGAACUUCCAGAUGAGACAGGCCUCACCAAUCUCUAGUACCAGAGUUUAGGUUGGGAAUUUCACUUGCGAAUUUUUCCAGGCCAUGUUUACUCAUGCUGAGAAAAGGAGGAAGGAGCAGGAUAGUGAGGAAAGAAGUAGAGAUGUAGGAGAAUUUCUGAGGAUUCCACAUAUCAUAUAAAAAAAAUCAUAUGAUAAAUAUUACCUGAAUGGCAUCAAUUAGUUUGAAUCAUCUAAGGGAAGGCAAUUUCCCCAAUGGAGACCAGCCUGGCAAGAAUGAUACAUAGGCAGCAAGAUAGGUAAUUCUUCUUAUCUUUUUCUUGAAUGGACGUAUGAUCAACAUACUAAUACCAGUGUUUUCAAGUGGCUGAGAUGAGCUACAUAUCCUACCUGGGUCAGGAUAUUCAGCCAUAUUUUGUUUAAUAAAUGUUCUAUUGAUACUCUUUUUUAAAAAAAUCUAGGUCACUUUCUAAUGACUCCCCACCUUCCUCCUCCAGCUCCACCUCUCCCCUCAACCCUUCCGUAUAACAAAAAAGUUUAGUUAAGCAAAAUAUACCAACAUAUUAACCACAUCUGAUAACGUAGAUCUCACUCAAUCCCUAGAGUCCAUCAAAAGGAGGAGGAAAGGUAUGUUUCACAAUCAGUCCUCUGAAAUAGAGACUGCUCCCUACAUCCAUCAGGGUGCUGAUGUCUAAUAUUGCAUCAAUAUUACAUUUUUUUUACAUUAUAGGGGUCAUCAUAUAAAUUAUUCUCGUAUAUUCAUUCUUCCUCUAUAUCACAGUAGCUCACUUUUCUCCUGCUCUCUCCCAUUGGCCUCACCUCCCCUGUAUUAUCUUAUUCCCAGCUCUCUGAAAAAGCGAAUCUCUUCUGGUGCUUCUAUAUUUUUAGGUUAAGCUCUAGGAUAAUGGGGAAAACGGCAAGGAGAGGGCAACCUUUCUAGCUUCCCAGAAGGUCACUCCAAUGUAACUUUUGAUUCCUAGAGAGCAAAUGUGGCUCCUUCCCCUGGCCCAAGUGGGAAAGGAAAGAAAACCGGAAAAAAGACCAAACUCCUCUUUUCCUGUUCUCCAAAAGGGCUCCU